ACACCUGCUCAGGAGGGAGGAGUCGGGGCAGAAAGCGUAAGAGCGCAGACGUGCUGAAGAUGCAGGGAAGUUGCUGCUGCUGCUGGUGAGGCUGAAAGAAAGAGCUCGACAUGGGUAACUGGAUUAUCAACCAUGGGCUUACAUCCCUUAUACUGGUGGUCUGGAUGGCCAUCAACAUCUUCCUCUUCGUCUGGUAUUACUUUAUCUACGAUCUGAAUGAAGAAUAUUACUACACACGCCAUCUUUUAGGGUCUGCCCUGUCCUGGGCCCGAGCUCCAGCCGCUGUCCUCAACUUUAACUGCAUGUUGAUCCUCCUGCCGGUAUGCAGGAACCUGCUGUCCCUGUUCCGAGGCUCCUUUGUGUGUUGCGGCAGAACAAUGAGGAAACAACUGGACAAAAAUCUGAGUUUCCACAAGCUGGUGGCUUACACGAUAGCUCUGAUGACAGCCGUUCAUCUGAUCGCCCAUCUGUUGAACUUGGAGUGGUACAACAACAGCAGACGAGGAGUUUACGAUACACUCAGCACCGCUCUGUCCGACCUGGAGGACACAGAAAACACGACCUACCUGAACCCAAUGCGCAGAACAGACACCGAUGCGCAGCAGUCUCCAACCUUCCUCGUCUUCACCUCCAUCGCUGGCAUCACAGGGGUCAUCAUCACUCUGGCCCUCAUCCUCAUCAUCACCUCCUCCAUGGAGUUCAUCAGACGCAGCUACUUUGAAGUCUUCUGGUACACCCAUCAUCUCUUCGUCGUCUUCUUCGCUGGUCUCGUGAUUCACGGAGCCGGGUUCAUCGUGAGGAAACAACUGACAACAGAUCCACCGCACAACUACACCUUAUGUAAAGACCGCAGCGCUGAAUGGGGACGCAUUCCUGAGUGUCCCAUCCCUAAGUUUGGAGGAGGGCCCGCGCAGACCUGGUGGUGGGUGAUCGGCCCAAUGAUUCUGUACGUCUGUGAACGUCUGCUGCGUUUCAUCCGUUACAUGCAGAAAGUCCAAUACAGGAAGAUCGUGAUGCAUCCGUCCAAGGUGCUGGAGCUGCAGAUGGUGAAGGACGGUUUCAAAAUGGAUGUGGGUCAGUACAUCUUCCUCAACUGCCCGGCCAUCUCCGAGCUGGAGUGGCACCCGUUCACCAUGACCUCCGCCCCCGAGGAGGAUUUCUUCAGCGUCCACAUCCGCUCGGCCGGAGACUGGACUGACAAACUCAUAGACAUCAUGCAGAAGCUGCCAGAGGGAGCACAGGGACCCAAAAUGGGGGUGGACGGACCGUUUGGCACAGCCAGUGAGGACGUAUUUGACUACGAGGUCAGCAUGCUGGUCGGUGCCGGCAUCGGAAUCACCCCCUUCGCCUCCAUCCUCAAAUCCAUCUGGUACAAAUUCAAAAUCUCCAACCCUAAACUACGCACCCGAAAGAUUUACUUUUAUUGGCUCUGCCGGGAAACCCAUGCCUUCGAGUGGUUUGCUGACCUCCUGCAGGUGCUGGAGAAAGAGAUGGAGGCGAGAGGAAUGGGGGAUUUCCUCACCUACAAACUCUAUCUGACCGGAUGGGAUCAAAGCCAUAUUACUCACGUCGUGGUUCACCAUGAUGAGGACACAGAUGUGGUCACUGGGCUCAAACAGAAAACUCACUAUGGCAGACCCGAGUGGGACAAGGAGUUCGAACAAGUCCGCAAAGAAAACCCCACGUCUGUGGUGGGAACCUUCUUGUGUGGCCCUGCAGUUCUAGCAAAAGUCUUGGAGAAGAAAUGUGCCAAAUACUCAGACGUGGAUCCCCGGAAGACCAAAUUUUACUUCAACAAGGAGAACUUCUGAGUGAAAAACUCCCAAACAACAGGAAAUAAUUUGGGUUUUGUGAAAGUCAACAGUUGGUGGAAAGUUUCAUUCACUGUGGAUAAUUGUUUGAGCACUAGCUGGGUGUGUUUUGACACUUUAAAUUACGCUGCACACUGAAAGGGGCAGAGCAUGCUGUUUUUCAACAUUACUCAGGGAACGACUCUUCACGUUUUCAACCAUGAGUCAUGGCCUCAUAAUCCACGAUGACGCAGGGUUUAUAGGGUCAAUUACACUCAGACGUUUACUUAUUAAUCUAUCGAUUAUAUGGAUUUUAUUUGACUGUUAAGACAUCAGGACCUCAAAAGGUUUUGUCUCCUAUAGUACACUUGUGAGCGCAUUGUGGAAAACUACCUUUUUAUUCAGAUUUUUUUAUGAAUCAUGACACUAUGUACUUGAAUAUUUUUGGAUUCAUAUCGUAUUUUACAAUGGCUGUAGCCAAUUAUUUCCAUUAUUCAAUCAUCUACUGCAGCAAUUCUUUGUGAAUUUCCAAAAAUAAUUAAGAAUUUGCCCAUCAUGGUUUCCCAAAUCCCAGGUUAAUGUCUGAGUUCUAUUUUCUAUUCACUUUACUAUUAAAUAAGAAAAGCAGCAAAUCUUACACUGUUAAUAAUGUAAAUGUAAUUUUCUUCAUCUUAUGACACCUUCCUGAAGUUUUACUGGUUAAGGAAACAGACAAGGGUUAUAAUAACCAUAAACUUUGCUGGUAUUUCCUUAUCAGAGUGACGAGAAUAGGAGGAAGACUUCCCGCCAUGUCGGUUAAUCAUCCUCCAAGGACGUGGAUUUGCUAUUUUUAAAUCCCCUGUCUUGUAUAUAAUUCCAUACACAUUUUAAAUAAAUGAAUACAACAAUGUG